AUGAAGGGCUUCAUCGGCGGAAUCCCUGUGGCACUGCUUGCAGUCGCUGCCCAGGCGAAGUUUGUUGAAAGUCAAGCUCGUGGUACCGCCAUCGGUGGGCCUUCUGGCAAUGACGGCGAGGGCGGCUUCAUCAGCCCCAAUUCCGCUAGUUUCAAAGCCGAUACUCAAGUCAACGAGUGGGACGAAGAUGACCACUCCGUCAAGGUGAAGCACACGGAUGCAUACCCUCGCCCUCCGGUGGUGCCUGUGCCAUUUGGUCACCCCGGAUUUUCGGGCCGGCCUCAAGUCCCUGGAAUGGGACCCUUUGGAAAGCGUGGGGAACCAUCUAGGAGUGUUGUCUUUAGUGACCACCCUCACCACGAUGAGGAUCAGGGUUUCCAUCUGUCUGUGACUGAUGCAUCCAGCACCGAGGUCAACGAUUACAACAAGGACGAUCACUCUACCCGAGUGAAGCAUGAGGAUGUGCACCCUCAUGGGCCGGCAUUUAUCCCCUUCCGUCGCUCCGAGAACCAUGGCCCUCCUGCCCACGGCGCCCCCCGCAUGCUGCCACACCCCGAGCCUCAUCACGAGUCCCACACUGAUUCGCACUAUGAGCCUCACACCGAGCCUCAUUUCGUGAACCACCCAGAGCCUCACUACGCACCUCACUAUAGCCCAAGCUAUGAGCCUCACUAUGAGCCCCACACUACACUCGAGCACGACCUCACUUCGCUCGAGGGCAACAACAAGGGCCCCUCUGCUGGGAAGAUCUCGUUCAGUCGCCGUGGGUUCCCUACCCCUCCUGGGCCCCACUUCGAACCUCACCCUGAGUCUCACUACGAGUCUCACACUGAGUCCCACUAUGAGCCACACCCUGAGCCUCACUAUGUCAACCAUCCCGAGCCUCACACUGAGAACCACCCGGAGCCUCACUACGCGCCUCACUAUAGCCCAAGCUAUGAGCCUCACUAUGAGCCCCACACUACACUAGAGCACGACCUCACUUCGCUCGAGGGUAACAACAAGGGCCCCUCUGCUGGGAAGAUCUCGUUCAGUCGCCGUGGGUUCCCUACCCCUCCUGGGCCCCACUUCGAACCUCACCCUGAGCCUCACUACGAGUCUCACUCUGAGUCCCACUACGAGCCACACCCCGAGCCUCACUAUGUCAACCAUCCCGAGCCUCACACUACGAACCACCCGGAGCCUCACUAUGCGCCUCACUAUAGCCCUAGUUACGAACCUCACUACGAGCCCCACACCACAGUUGAUGAUGAUAUCACAUCGCUGAAGAACAAUAACCAGGGCCCCUCCGCUGGAAGCAUCUCGUUCAGUCGCCGUGCGUAUGCUCCUGCCGCAGACGACAAUGCCGGUACCUCUGGGGAGGAUGGCGUCGAGGCUUCCCAGUGCGCUGCCCAGGUGCAUGAGGUCGUCCGCACCGUUACCAAGACCCAGUACAAGACUGCUGAAGCCACACAUUUCGCCUACCAGUCGGCUCCUGUCAUUGAAGCUAGUGCUAUCCCUGUUCAUGCUCCCCAGCACUCCGCCGGGGCUGACCCCAUGAUGAACCCCAACCCCGCCUCAGCCCCCGUCCCUACUAGCGCAGUCUUCUCCCAUUCUCCCCAGCACUUGGCUGGUGCUGACCCCUUGGCGAACUCAGCCCCCGCCUCCUACAACCAGGCUUCUCAACGUCCUGUCAGCCAAGCUGGCUCGUAUUCCAUGAUCCCCGUUCAUGUGCCCAUGGCAACCCCUGUCUCGCAUGGCAUUUUGUCCAAGCCUACGCCCAGCGGCGCAUUCGCUGAGCAGCAAGCUUCUCCUUCUUCCUCGGCGUCGUCUUCUGUCUCCCAUGGAAUCAUGUUUGAAGGUGACGCCGCAAGGCUCUCUGGGGGAAUUCUCUCAGCCGCAGCCGCUGUCAUGGGUGUUCUUGCCUUCAUCCUGUAG